AAAACGCGAGAGACCCCACCCCUGUGGCCUCAAAACCUUCUCGCCUCGCCUCUCCUACCCAUCACCUCUCUCUCUCCUUCCCUCGUCGGCGACGCACGCAGCCGAGCAUCCACGCCACCGCCCCUCCAGCCGCCUCCGCCGUCCGGGUUGGCCGCCCAUGGCGGCCACGGCAGAUCCGCGGGCGAAGCCCCUGGCGGCGCCGUCGCCGCCGCACCACCUCGAGCCGUGGGCGGCGCAUCAGCCUCCACCGCACCGCAUGCCCGUCCUCCCCGCGGUGGCCCCGCCCGCGGGUGGCGGGUGCGCGGCCGCCCGCGAUCGCCGCCGACCGUCGUCGUCCCACCGGCGGGGCGGCGCUGCCCAGGCCGUCGUCGGGGAGGAGCCGUGCGGCGGCGGGAUCGAGGCGCUCCGGGCCAGGCUCAUGGGCCACCUGCGCGACGCAGCCGACCGGCUUCGCGUGCCCCAGCCUGGCCCUGCUUCUAGUCGGGGUUCCUCCCUGCCUCAUCCUCCUCCGCUGCCGCCGAAGGCCGCGAGCCCACCGCCCGAGAUGGACUCCGAGCCCGAGCCCGAGCUCCGCGCGCCGCCUCCGCCUCCUCCUCCCCCACCAGCGGCCCCGCAGAAGCAGCAGGAGCAGCCACAGGCGGCAGACGCUGCCACGACCACGAGGCCGUGGAACCUGCGGGAGCGGUCGCGGCGGCGCCCGGCCCCGAGGUCGUGGGCCGCGUCGCCGUCCCCGCCGCCCUCGUCGUCGUCGCGGAGGCGGCGCAAGCGGGCCCCGUUCUCCGUGUCCCUGACGGCGGAGGAGAUCGAGGAGGACAUCUACGCGCUGACCGGCGCCCGGCCGCGGCGGCGGCCCCGUAAGCGGCCGCGCGCCGUGCAGCGGCAGCUCGAUUCGCUGUUCCCCGGGCUGUGGCUGACCGAGAUCACCGCCGACGCGUACCGGGUGCCGGACGAGUAGCUCCUGCUCUUGCUCCUGCCGCCCCCCCCCCUGCCGUUGCCGGCGCCGCCAGUUUGAAGCUGCAACCUGCAACCCCAAGGCUAGGUCCAAGGAGGCCCAUCCAACCACCUCGCGUCAUCGCGUCGCAGUCUCGUCUCAUCCCGCCGAAUUUACAACUAAGGUCUACUCGAGCGGUCGAGCCCAUCGAGCUAGCCGGUAGGUCCGCCCCCGUGCUUGUCGUAUGCCCUCCCAAGUUUUCCCCCCUCCCUCCCAUCCCAACCCCUCGUCAUCUGGUGUUGUGUUGUACGUGCUCCAUUCCCCUCACCUGCCUCUAGCAGUCUCCAGUCUGUACAUACAGUGGUGUGCUUUUUGUGACUACUGCUCUUCUGCUAAUUCAUGAACAAGUUCCUGUA